AUGACGGGCGAUGUUGCAAUGCAAACACAAGAAACAAAUCAAAAUGGCGAUUCUAAAGUCACCAACAGCAUGCUCACGAAUGAGAAUCGCACGAAUCUCAUCGUUAAUUAUUUGCCACAAACCAUGACUGAAGAAGAAAUUAAAAGCUUGUUCUCUUCAGUCGGCGAAGUUGAAAGUGUAAAAUUGGUACGAGACAAGAACAGUAUUCCUUUCCCCAACCCUUUAAAUCCGAAUGCUAUGAGAGGGCAAUCGCUUGGCUACGGUUUUGUUAACUACCGGCGUACGCAAGAUGCAGAGCAAGCUGUAAAUGUUCUCAAUGGUUUGAGGCUACAAAAUAAAACGAUAAAAGUUUCCUUCGCACGUCCCAGCUCCGAAUCAAUCAAAGGUGCAAACUUGUACAUCUCGGGAUUACCAAAGACCAUCACACAGGAAGAACUUGAAGAAAUCUUCAGGCCUUUUGGUGAAAUUAUAACAUCACGAGUUCUGACACAAGAAGGCAAUGACAAACUGAAAGGAAUUGGCUUCAUUCGCUUUGAUCAGCGUAAAGAAGCAGAACGAGCUAUUGCUGCUCUCAACGGAACGACACCUAAGAAUCUCACCGAACCCAUCACAGUUAAGUUCUCAAACACACCGGGUCAAAAUAAACAAAAUCAAGCACCUGCAGUUCCAGCAUUCUUAAAUCCACAAUUGACAAGACGUUUGGGCGCAAUUCAUCAUCCCAUCAACAAAGGUUUGGCACGUUUCUCACCAAUGGGAGGUGAUCUUGCAAUGGAUCCAACAUUGAUGUUACCAGCAGCAAAUGGUGCAUUAGCUGGUGGCUUAGCUACUGGCGGUGGCUGGUCCAUAUUUGUUUACAAUCUUGCACCGGAAACUGAAGAAAAUGCUCUUUGGCAGUUGUUUGGGCCUUUCGGAGCCGUUCAGAAUGUGAAAAUCAUUAAGGAUAAUGCGACAAACCAGUGUAAAGGCUACGGCUUUGUGACAAUGACGAACUAUGAAGAAUCCAUGUUGGCUAUCAGAGCGCUUAAUGGAUACACGUUGGGAAGUCGAGUACUACAAGUUAGCUUCAAGACAAACAAAUCUAAGUAAUCAGUUGUUACAAAAUUGAAUUCUCCACACACUCGCACAUAAAAAAUACGAGAAUAAGCCCGAUGAAAAUAACUUAUAAUUUGUCUAAAAUGUAAUCCCCCCAUUGAUGAUGCUAAUGAGUGAGACACGAAUGAUAUAAUUAAAGAAAAAAAUAUUUAACUAAAGAGAGAUGAAAAUGUUGCAUUGCGCAGAUCAUGAUGAACAGUGAAGCCCGUGGAGUGCAUCGCUUAUAUUCAAUUAGUAGACGAAUGUUAAUUUUGGGUCAAUCUCAGCAGUCGUGAGGCUUCACUGUAGUUAUGGAUGGGGGAUGAUGAUCUAUCGAGUGAUGACAACAUUAAAUUAACUAAAUUUCCUUUUUAUCAAUAUUAUGAAUCAAACAAAUUUUAAAAGUCGACAAACUCACUCACUCAUUCUUCAUCCCCCACCUACUACUUAUCUAAACAAACAAUUUCUUUAAGUAAGAUUUCUUUUUGUUUGUUGUCAU